UGCGUGUGGCAAACCGUCGUGGUCGCGCGUUAUCCAAGUUUCCAAUUCCCAAUCGGUUCGACCCGAUAAAGAAUAAAUGCUCUGAGUGGCUGGCCUCUGCCGCCGCGUCCCGACUCCCGACCGACUCAUCCAGAUCGUCAUACGACGUGGCACGUUUAAUGUUUAUCAUCCGUGUGUCACGCACCGCGUUGGUCUCGAUCGCGAUCCGCACUAUGGACCGUCCACGUUUCAGAAGACGACACCCGACAACGUCCGCUACCGCCGCCCCCUCUGUCACCUACGAUUCGAGCACUGACAACGUUUAACAGGUCUCCACCGCCACCAGUCAGCAGAUCGCCCAGGAGCAGGAGACCCGCACCGAGGAUAAGCCAACGCAGGACCCGGUGUAGAGACGAUCGCCGGCAGGACUCGGGGCAUGUAAAGUCAGUCAUCCUACCGACAUGUGUGGCGUCGAAACCAAAAUGGCUCAAACCAAAGCCCUGAUAUUGGUCGGCGGUUACGGCACCCGUCUGCGACCACUCACGCUCAGCCGGCCAAAGCCGCUCGUCGAGUUUGCCAACAAGCCGAUGAUACUCCAUCAGAUCGAAGCCCUAGUCACAGUCGGUGUGCGAGAGGUUAUAUUGGCUGUCUCGUACCGUGCUGAACAGAUGGAAAAAGAGAUGAGUGAUGAGGCCAAGAAACUUGGUGUUCAACUAGUUUUUUCACAUGAAUCUGAACCACUUGGCACUGCAGGACCUUUAGCUCUAGCCAAACAUUUGUUGGCCAACGAACAAAACCAGCCAUUUUUUGUCUUAAAUUCUGAUAUUAUUUGUGAGUAUCCAUUUAAAGACUUGAUUGCGUUCCAUAAAUCGCAUGGCCGUGAAGGUACAAUUGUGGUGACUAAGGUUGAAGAGCCAUCCAAGUAUGGUGUUGUCAUGUAUGAUGAAGACACUGGUCGCAUAGAGAGUUUCAUUGAAAAACCACAAGAGUUUGUCUCCAACAAAAUCAAUGCAGGCAUCUACAUUUUAAAUCCAUCAGUAUUGGAUAGAAUUAAGUUGGAGCCAACGAGCAUUGAAAAAGAAGUGUUUCCUUUUAUGGCCCAAGAUGGUCAAUUAUAUGCAUUUAACCUAAAAGGAUUCUGGAUGGAUGUAGGACAACCAAAAGAUUUUCUAACUGGAAUGUGCAUGUACUUGACAUCAUUAAAGACACGUAGUCCAAAUUUAUUGUAUUCUGCUGAUGGUGUCGUUGGUAAUGUUCUAGUUGAUCCAACUGCAACUAUAGGUGAAGGUUGUAAAAUUGGUCCUAAUGUUACUAUUGGUCCAAAUGUAACUGUUGAAGAUGGUGCUUGCUUAAGAAGGUGUACAAUACUAGCUGGGGCCACAGUUAAAUCACAUACAUGGUUAGACUCUUGCAUAAUUGGUUGGCGUUCAGUAGUGGGAUGUUGGGUGCGUAUGGAAAAUACUACUGUACUUGGAGAAGAUGUUAUUGUUAAAGAUGAACUGUACAUUAACGGUGGACAAGUUUUACCACACAAAUCAAUCAGUACUUCUGUACCUGAUCCUCAAAUUAUUAUGUGAUGUGCACUAAUUAUUAUUUGUAAAAAUAAUUUGAAUUAUUAUUAAUUGUUAAUUUUUUAACUUCAUGUACAUAAUUGGGGUAUUUUUCUUUUUUAUUUAUCAAAUAUUGAAUCUGUGCAAAAAUUAAAUGUUUCCUAAUGCCAGACAAAUAAAGAGAUUAAAGCUUAUUCUUAUAAAUUAUAAUAAAUGCACUGUAUUUAAUCAGCUAUUCUGACAGUUCAUUUUUAAUAACUGCCAUAAACAGAAAGAUUUGGACCAUUCAGAUUCCAGGGCUCAGAAUUAUAUUAUUAUAAGCAAUUAUUGUAGAAAUAUUAAAUAGCUAUUUAUUUUGUAACCUAUCAUAAUAAUUUAGGUUAAUGAGCAUGAUUCAUGCAAUACUAUGUUGAAAAAUAAACAAUUAUUUUUUUAUUA